AGUACUAGCCUAGCGUGCGAGAAGACUGUGCCACUCCCCUCGCCCACAGCCUCAACUACAAACAUCCAACCAGCUAAUCCAAAAACCCAAUUCGACCUUCUCACUUUCAGGGUCAAAAUUUUAACCUGUUGGAAGUUUAUAAAGCGUAGAUAUCUAGCUUUGGAUUUUAGUCGUGUCUGAGGUGAUUUUGUACGGGAAAAAAACUGGAGGAAAUUUAUCGAGUGAAAACAAUCUCGUGAAAUUUUGCAGAGUGGAAUAUUUUAGUAUUUUGUCCAGUGGAAAGUUACGUGGUGGGAUUUUGUUCAGUGAAAAGCAUCUUGUGGCAGCUGUAUUAGUAAGAUUUUGUGGUGGAAGGGAUGUGUGGAGUAAUGUGGUUGUGGUUGUGGCUGUGGUGGUGUGUUGGAGCUGCUGCCACCCCAGUCAACCAGUCUAAAGGCUUACAAGGAGACGUACCACUGUCACAGAUGGUCAAGAUGGUACAGCAACAACAGCAGGUGGUACACGAGAUGAAUGACGCGCUGAUGAGGGUCGACACCCGCACCGAGUUCCUUAUCAGACUCAUGAGUGAAGGCUUUAACACCCUCACCACCUCCCUCGCCUCAAAACUGGAGCAGGACAAAAAUAUAUCGAGAGAGGUCAGACUGGUGUGGCGAGGGAUGGAGGAGCUCUGUCAUACCUGUGAGUGUCACCCUCAACACCACAAAAAUGCUGUUAUACAAGACACUGUCUUCCUCAAGAAACUUAACCAACUUGAGAAAGACAAUGGGAGCCCAGACGCUAGUAUGGUGGGAAAUGAAGGAGAAGAGAGAUUACUUGAAGAAAAGAUCAAGGCUUUAGAGGAAGAAAACAUACAGCUGUUAAGAAAUAAUUCACAACUGGUUGGUGAAAUUAACGAAAAGGAAGAAGAAUAUGAAGAAAUACAAGAAGAGAAAAGGAAGCUUGAAGAACUGAUCACACAACUGGAAAAGAGCGAGGAUAUGGAAGCUGACCCUGGGGUAGAACCUUAUUUCGAAGUGGAAGACGAUAGGACUAAUCUUGACUUAACAAUAAAACGCCUCAUCACAAAAAACAGGAAUCUGGAAUCUAAUAACACGCGCUUGGGUGAGAUAAUUGACUAUAGAGAAGAAGAGAACUUAGAACUAAGGGCAAACAUUACGGCACUCCAAGAUACACUUUUGGAAUUAGAUAAUAUCAGUAGGUUAAUAGUGGAUAAUCUAACACGUGUGGUGGAGGAGUGCGAGACAGUCAAACAGCACAUGACACAUACACCAGGAGGGGACACGGCACUUCAAGCAAAGGCCAGGACUCUGCAAGAACUCACUCAAAACUUGGCACUAAUAAACUCACAGCUGUCACGCGAAAACACCGAAACGGGUAACCAGAUAAGAGAGCUCCAGGAGGACAAGAAUCUCAUGCUGGACAACAUCAAUAGACUCGAACUGGAGAAGACGCAACUACGAGACAAUGUGACUCAGCUGGAGAGCAAAUGUCAACAAAGGGACCUAGAGGAGAAGAGACAGCUUAACGAAAGGGUGAUGGAGCUGGAGGAAGUCCAAUGGAGACUAGAACAAACCAACACACAACUCGGGCAGAUGAACGACAAGAACAGGCGACUUGAAGCAACGAAAACAUUACUCGAGGAAACUGUCAAGAAUAUGGUAGAAGACGAAGAGGACCGAUGGAAUAGACGAGUAGCAGGAGAGAAAGCAGCAGAGGUGAAAAAAAUGGAAGAGGAGAACAGAGAACUGGUCAUUAAUAACACACAAAUAAGAGAAGAAUUAAGAGAGAGUAAACAGUUAUUCAGUGAAACAGACACUGAAAAAAAUAACUUUCAGCUUCAGAACAUGCAACUACAAGUGGAGAAAUGGGAACUGGAGAAGAAUCUAACAUGGCUGAGACGAGAGAGUGAACGAAUACAACAACAAUACACUAAAUUAGAAGAAGAAAACGAUUCAUAUGAAGAUAAAUACAAUGAGAUGGAGAGUUGGAGAGAACAACUUGAAAACGGUAACCAGGUACUUUUGGAGGAGUACGAAGCGAAAGAACAGGAGAACAUGGAAUUGCUAGAAGAGAACAAGUCACUGGUGGCAAAAGUUCUCCAUUUGGAAGAGAACAAAUGGCAGCUGGAACUAAGUAACAGUAUACUUACACAGGAGAACAUGUUCCUCCAUGAAAAUAACACCAGAGUGAACCACGAGAAUGAACUAUUGCAGAAGAACACCCACCACCUGACGCAACUUCACUCCCAGUGUGAGAUGAAUCUGACCAAGCUGCUGAGCAAACCAAGAGACUGCGCUGAACACUAUUGCCUGGGGGCCAGACAAGACGGCAUUUACACCAUUCAUCUACCCAGUGGUGAGGCGAAUGUGUCCGUGUGGUGCGACAUGACCACGGACGGCGGUGGCUGGACAGUGUUCCUGGCUCGGUCAGAGGGGGAGCAGCAGGAGAACUUUGCCAGGAAUUGGAAUCUCUAUAAACACGGCUUUGGCAAGGCGUCCUCUGAGUACUGGCUGGGUAACGAAAACAUACACUCUCUCACCUCUGCCACGCCCCAGGAGAUGCAACUGGACGCCAGGAAUUACCACGGGGACACACGCUGGGCUCGCUGGACUACUUUCAUUGUUGACUCCGAGAACACGCAUUACGAGUUAGAAGUGGGUGGAUACGUCAACAGCAGUACACUAGGCGACUCACUCACUGGGGAUCAUCCUCUCCACCGCACCAAGUUCUCCACCAAUGAUCGAGACAACGAUGGGCUCCCCUUCGGCUCAUGUGUGGAGUUCUUCGCUGGGGGAGGUGGCUGGUGGUACAACUACUGCUCUCACUUGAAGCCCACAGCGCCUCUGGCAGUCGCAGGCCGGAGUGACACGCUAAUGGCUGCCUACUGGACCCCGGGAUUAAUGACUUGGGCCAGACUUAACUGGGUACAGAUGAAAAUCAGGCCAACCAACUUCCCCACUUGUGACAGUUGAUAUGUCAGCCUGGCCAUGGUAUAACGAAGAUGGGGAUUGAUACCAGCGGGUGGGCAGCAAGGAGAAAAAUGGAAGUUGAUUGUGUUAACACUUGAACGAUUCUGGAACAGCUCCUGACAUUUUUACUGAAGUACAAUAAUACUCUACUUAGACUUACCAUAUUAGUCAAUUUCUAGAGGCUAUAUAUUUACAAAUCCUUUCCUAUUAUAUUCCAUAUUAUACUGUAGGAUAAAUGGUAAAAAAAAAAGUAACAAUAUUUAUAAUUUUAAGCCUUAAUUAUUACAACUUACAAAUAUAUAUAAGAUAGAGGUCUUGAAAAGCAUAAAUAUCAAAUAAUAGAAUUUUUUUUUAACAAUGUGAUGUAUAUUAUUAGAGAAGCUAUUGAAUGCAGUGAAAUAUAUCGAAAUUAAAUGUUUAUUAUAAUUAUUUAAACACUAUAUAAGAAAUAUGUUUAGUUGUGUAUUAAAGUUGGGUGUAUAUGACCUAUAUUUAAUGAACUGAAAAACCACCCCAAAAAGAUGGAUUCUAUCACUGAGAAAUGCAAGGCAUAAAGGUAAAUAAUAAUGAAGAUAUUAGAGAUCAAUAAAAGAAACUUGCAUUGACGAAGCGUAGCAUAAGGUAUGGUGUGUCUUAUACCUGAGACUGUAAGAACAGGGAUGUCAGUUUCGCUUUCGCUGAUCAUUAAAAUACUGAUGAUGGUUUAUAGCCAAAUAUAGUUAAAAUUACCAAA